AUAUAAAGUUACGGAUGCAUCUAUCCCCUUCAGUUCCAGGCAAGAAAUCUGCAAUCAAAGAUGCACGCAUUCGCAUGUCUUAUAUUUGUCGUUCUGAUAUACGCCAUUGAAGGAGCUUCGUCUCCUUAUAUCAUUGGCGGCAAUGAUGCUCCCAUCGGCAAAUUUCCGUAUCAGGUAUCAUUGAGAUUAGACGGCAAACAUCGAUGCAGUGGAUCUAUUCUUGAUAAUCUUAAUGUGUUAACUGCAGCGCAUUGUGUUGUCGGAUUGAAAUGUUCACCGGAGAAACUGAAAGUUCAUGUCGGUACAAACUUCUUGAAUGGAUUAGGAUAUAUUUAUGACGUAACCGAUAUCAGCGUCAAUCAAAAUUACGACAAUUAUUUAUUUCUAAAUGAUAUCGCCUUGGUUCACCUUAAAAGUCCAAUUAGGUACAAUAAGCUAGUGCAACCAAUAAAUCUUACGAAAUCCGAUGAAGGUCUUGAAGGCUUGCCGUGCACA